AUGCAGCUGUGGCAUCUGAGUGUGUUGGUAUCGUCUUUCGUCGUCGCUAUUGGGGCCCAGUCGACCUUUACACCGGCUCGACCUCCAGCCCUACCGUUGGCUGUCAAGUCACCAUACCUGAGCACCUGGUUGAACGCUGGCAGUGAUGGUGGAAAUGGCGGAUAUCUGGCGGGCGAAUGGCCCGUUUUCUGGCAGAACCAAAUCACUGGAUGGUGUGGUUUGAUUCGCGUUGACGGCUCUACCUAUACCUGGAUGGGUCUGCCCGGCACGACCACUGUCACACAGACUGCUUUCGAGUAUACAUCAACAAAGAGUAUCUUCACCAUGGACGUCGGCGGCAAGGUUGAGAUGAACAUCACUUUCAUGUCCCCGAUUACUCCCGACGACUUCAUGCGCCAAUCUCUUGUGUUCUCCUACUUGAAUGUUGAAGUGUCGUCAUUGGAUGGCAAUGAACAUGAUGUGCAGGUCUAUGCGGAUAUCUCUGCGGAAUGGGUUUCCGGAGACCGCAGUACCACUGCGCAGUGGGACUAUGGUACAGCCGACGGCGUUGCAUACCACAGAGUGUACCGACAGACCCAGCUUGCGUUUUCCGAAAUCAAUCAGCAAGCUGAAUGGGGUUACUGGUACUGGUCCACUGAUGCCGCCGACGACAUGACCCACCAGUCCGGUCAAGAUACCGUUGUGCGGGGGCAGUUCUCGUCCAAAGGUGCUCUGACCAACGGAGCCGACACCAAAUACCGUGCCAUCAACAAUGCCUGGCCCGUGUUUGGAUUCUCAUCCAACCUUGGCACUGUUGAUUCGAACCCCGUCGGUACGCUGUUCUCCCUGGGAUUAACUCAGGAUGAGGCUAUUCAAUAUGAAGGCUCCUCCGGCUAUGCCCCUGUACCAUCCCUCUGGAAGAGCUACUUCGACACCGAUGUGGAUGCAGUUACAUUUUUCCAUAAUGAUUUCAGCGAGUCCAGUUCUCUGGCAAGCUCAUUCGAUAGCAAGGUUGCGACGGACUCUCUGGCUGUCGCUGGCGAGGAUUAUCUCACGCUUACUUCCCUUUCAGCCCGACAAGCUUUCGGUGCGACCCAGCUUUGCGGUACAGAGAGCAAGACCUAUCUGUUCCUGAAGGAGAUCUCCUCUGAUGGAAACAUGAACACUGUCGACGUUGUCUUCCCUGCGUACCCCAUCUUUUUGUACUCGAACCCAGAAUUGUUGAAGCUAGUUCUUGACCCCCUGUUUGAGAACCAGGAAGCUGGUCAUUAUCCCCAAAGCUACGCCAUGCACGAUCUUGGCUCGAGCUACCCCAACGCGACGGGUCAUAACGAUGGUAAUGAUGAGGCCAUGCCCCUAGAGGAGUGCGGAAACAUGAUCAUUAUGACCUUGGCGUACGCCCAGAAGGCCGGAGACACUGACUUCUUGGACACCCAUUACACUCUUCUCAAGAAGUGGGUGAACUACCUGAUUGAUGAGGCGCUGUACCCGGCGAACCAAAUCUCUACCGAUGACUUUGCUGGAUCUCUUGCCAACCAAACCAACCUGGCCCUGAAGGGAAUGAUCGGUAUCCAGGCCAUGUCCGUCAUUGCUAAGGAGACUGGUCACGCGGCCGAUGCUGCCAACUACUCUAGUAUUGCCCAUAAUUACAUCAACAAAUGGCAGAGCCUGGCCAUUAACAAGAACGUGACCCCGGCCCACACUACUCUGUCGUACGGAGAUGAGAACAGUCACGGUCUGCUUUACAACCUGUUCGCCGAUGCCCAGCUUGGCCUGAACUUGGUACCCCAAUAUGUCUACCAGAUGCAGAGCGAUUUCUACCCGACUGUCGCUAACAAGUAUGGUGUUCCUCUGGACACACGCCAUACCUACACCAAGGGUGACUGGGAGUGCUUUACAGCGGCUAUUGCCUCGGCUGAUACCCGGGACAUGUUCAUCAAGACCCUGGCCACAUGGGUUAACGAGACCCCGACCAACCGGCCCCUGACUGAUCUUUAUGACACGGAAAGUGGAAAUUACCCGCCAACCACCUUCGUUGACCGCCCUGUGGUGGGUGGUACCUUCGCACCUCUUCUCGUCACCCAGUAA